AUGCUCACCCUUGCACUUCUCAGCGCUGCGCUGGCCGCCGCUCCAGCUCUGGCAGCGCCAUCUCCCCAAGGCGUCACCAUCUCCAACUCGGCGACACAGGCACCAAUCAAGAUGUGUGGCACGGCUCAGAACGUCGUUCUGACUGAUACCCCAUGGAUCGUGUACAACAUGUUCUACAACUCGGCACAAACCAAGGGAAGCAUGUGCACAGCAUACGACUCCGUAUCGACUGGUUCAGAUGGGAACAAGAAGAUCAAGUGGAGUGCGGUUACUGACAUCGAUUAUGUAAAAGCCACCGACAAUGUGCCCAAGGGUUACACUUUCGUCGGCCUGACCCAAAAUCUCGAGACAAAGCUCUCCGCUAUCAAAUCAAUUCCUGCAACAUACGAAUGGACGCGCACCAAUACCACCGCCUACAAAGGCAAUAUUGCUUUCGACUUUAUGACCUCCGAUACUAAAGGCGACUCCACAUCUUCUUCCGCCCAAGAGCUCAUGCUAUGGCUUGAAUAUACUGGUGGCCAACUACCCAUCGGAUGGCCUGCUGGUGCGAAAGCCACAAUCCCCAACUUGUUCGGUACGAGCUGGAAGUUGUACCAGGGUAAGAACGAGGAUACCGGUAUUACAGUCUCAAGCUUGCUGCCUGAUAAGAUGUUUCAGAGUCCUUUCCAGGGAGACCUAAAAGAGUGGCUAGAAGCGCUUGUCAAGGUCGGUGUUUUCAAGGACAGCACUUAUGUCAACGUGGGUAACGCAGGUACGGAGCCUUUCUACGGGAAAGCCACUGUAGAUGCUACAUUGGGUCUGCAAAUCAACCUGUAG